GAGAUGGAGGAGCGGCCCUUCAACACCCCCUCCCCGGAUUCCUCGCCCCGGGGAGCCGCCGGCGCCGCCGCCUCGGCCAGCGCCACGCCGCCUUCCCCCGGCGACGCCGAAGGCAAGCGGAGCCGCUCGGCUUCGCCCCAGCGAGACGACAGCCUCCCUUUCGAUAGCCGCGGGAAGAUCGACUCUUAUUUCAGCAAGAAGGUCACAACUAAAAUUAAGGAUCUAUUGCAACAAAUGGAAGAGGGCCUAAAGACAGCAGACCCUCAUGACUGCUCUGCAUAUACUGGCUGGACAGGGAUUGCCCUCUUAUACCUUCAGCUGUACCGUGUGACAAAGGAACAAAGUCACCUACAGCGGUCCUUAGACUAUGUGAAGCGAAUACUACGGAAUCUGAAUGGCAGAAGGGUUACCUUCCUCUGUGGUGAUGCCGGGCCCUUGGCAGUGGGCGCAGUUGUGUACCACAAGCUAAAAAAUGAUACAGAAUCCAAGGAGUGUGUGACAAAGCUUUUGCAGCUCCAGAGAAUAGUCCUUGCAACAGAUUCUGACCUUCCGGAUGAGUUGCUCUAUGGAAGAGCGGGCUAUCUUUAUGCAUUGCUUUAUUUGAAUACUGAAAUUGGCCCCGAGACAGUAGCACAGUCUGUUAUUAAAGAGGUAGUGGACUCCAUCAUUGAAUCCGGUAAAAACUUUUCCAGGGAAGAAAAAAAGACUGAACGGUGUCCAUUAUUGUACCAAUGGCACAAGAAGCAGUAUGUUGGUGCAGCUCACGGUGUGUCUGGGAUCUACUACAUGCUAAUGCAGCCAGCUGCCAAUGUGGAUCAGGAGACUUUGUCAGAACUGGUGAAGCCAAGCAUCGACUAUGUGCGUCAUAAAAAAUUCCGAUCUGGGAAUUAUCCUUCAUCUUUAAGCAACGAAACUGACAGAUUGGUGCAUUGGUGUCAUGGUGCCCCAGGAGUUAUCCAUAUGCUCAUGCAAGCAUAUAAGGUUUUCAAAGAAGACAAGUAUCUGAAAGAUGCCAUGGAGUGUAGUGAUGUGAUUUGGCAGAGAGGAUUGUUGAGGAAAGGGUAUGGCAUCUGCCAUGGGACUGCAGGAAAUGCCUACUCCUUCCUAUCUCUAUAUCACCUCACUCAGGAUAAAAAGUACCUCUACCGAGCUUGCAAGUUUGCAGAGUGGUGUCUAGAUUAUGGUGCGCAUGGUUGUCGUAUUCCUGACCGACCCUACUCACUCUUUGAAGGUAUGGCAGGAGCUAUACACUUCCUCUCUGACAUAUUAACCCCUGAAAAUUCCCGCUUCCCAGCAUUUGAACUUGGUCCUUCAAGGAUGGAUGAGAAAGAGGAGCAGAGCAGCUAACUGGAAAGUGAAGAUGAUGCCAGAAGCAACAUGACUGCUUAGUGCCUGAAGUACACCAAAACUGGUAGUGGAGUUUGAACAAAGAGAGAUAAUUUCUCGCCUGUUCUUGAAAGAACUGCAUUUGUCAUGUUCGCAUGAACUGGAGAAUUCCACACCUGGAUGUUUCAUUUUAAGAGAUGCCUUUUACUGUGGUACAGAGCAAUCUUACUUUUGUUGAAUUUCCCUUUUUGAGUUUUCACAGUUGUCUUUUCAGGUCAUUUGAGUGUUUGCAUGUUUCUUGCUGUUGUCCGUAAGUGUGACUUUUUUGUUAUUUGUUGUGUAACUAAAAACUAUUUGGUGACAUACAGUCUUGUUUUUCUGUGCAUGACUGUAAUGACAACACACUUCUGUUUCUGCACCUGGAUAGAUGAGGUGACUAUGUAACUGCAUUGCCUGUUGAUCACAGUGAAUGAGGGAAGGAAACACAGUCAGAUGCUCAAGUGUGUUGAACCUCUUCCAGAAUCAUACAUUCAAAGUCACUGGAAACCUCCUCCCAGAUUUCAAGGGUGUGAUGUAGUCAUAGCUAAGUGCUUUUGAAUUCCUAUUGAUUGUCAUGAAAAAGCUAACCUGAAAUAUCCAAAAUUGAAAUUAGUGGCGUAUACAUAUGCUCAAUUUGUGACUGGAUUCUGUUGAAUAGUCCUCCUUUUCUCCACAACUUUAAAAAAAGUUUUCAGUUAUUCAAAUUGAAGCACCUAACAUCCUGUCAGUUUUGGUAGCAGAAACAAGUCCCAAGACUCUCCUGUAGAAAUUAGUGAGACAGAGCUGUACUCUUUAAGUAUAUUUUAAAGUGAAUAGGUUUGCAUUAUAUUUGUCUCUUUCUCUUCCUUCUUCAAAACAUUUUUAUUGAAUUCAGCUUUAUAGGCAUUUUUAUGAGAGCUUCAGAUUUAUGAAAAACAAGACCAUUUGAUGCAAGAAGGGGCACUGUGUACACCAGAAGCUAUCCACUCUCUUGUUUUGCAGUUUGAUAUAGGUGCACCAUAACAUAUGAGUCUCAUAACCAAAGUUCUUGACGAAAAGUAUUUCUUUAUUUCUUUGUAAUUUAUUUGUAGGACAUUGAACAAAAUGAUAUUUACAUUGUAUGGUAUAUCCUUUUAUGGAAGAGGUCUGGGAUUUUUAAAAAAAUGGUUUUCAGGCAGAAUUAGUGAGAAAUGAACCCCAUUUCCAAAGGGGAUAUUUAAAAAUUGUUGUAUUGAAUUGUUCUAAUUUUGUGAUAGCUGUUGCACUGGUUUAGAGGACAGGCUGUUCAAAUGGGUAGAUUUUUGUAAGAGAAGAUAGUGAAUUGGGCUGGGGGACUGUUAUCACAAUGUUUUCCUGUUGAAAUUAUUUUCCAAAAUAAAUAAAUAAACUUAACAAAAUAUGGAAA